UUUGUCAAUUUAUUUGUUGUUAGGAUUUUGCACUGGCAGCCAAAUGCAGGAACAACAAUCAACACUCACAUACUGACAAAAAUAUCUCAAUGUGUUGAGAGCAUUAAUGGUGUUAAAAAUGGAACAUGGAAAAAUACUCUUAGCUUUUACAAGCCUAUACUCAAAGAACAAGCAAAUGCAUCGGAAUUUUCCCAAAGCUUUUUGGGAAUUUCACUUCAUGAACAGCCCAACAAGUAUUACAUGCUAAUUAGAGAGCAACGAUUGAUCAUGGAGGCAGAGUCAUCAAUUGUGACGAUAAUGAAGACCUUACAAUCUUAUAAAAUGAAGGUUGCACUCAAUUUUGAGGGGUUUCAGUAUCGACUUGGUGACUUCCGAUUGCGAGUGGGCAAAAUUGUUCCAAUAAGGGGAAUAAUUAUGGAGAUGGAGUAUCUUCCGAUUUCCUCAUGGGAAACAUCGCACCAGAUUAUGGGUGAAUUCUUCGACAUAUGGAAGGAAGCUCUUGUAAAAAGAUCAUUACCAGGUCAUUUUGUGCACAUUGAACAAAAAUUUUCAGAGUAUGGCCUCUCUGAUCAAUACACUUCACAGCACACAGCUGUACAAUAUGCUAGCAUCUUGACUCAAAUGAUAGCAACAAUUAAAUCAUCACUAGGAGUGAGAAACUAG